AAAAUCCAGAUGGGGUGCAGGUGCUGCAAAAUGAUACGAAGCUAUAUUUUUGAUCCAGAAGAAGUACAAUCACCUGGAUGCAUUAAUGAAGUAAACAGCUACAAAAACAGUGAGCAAGCCAGCAACAAAUUCAAAUUCAAAGAGAAUAGUGAAAUUCAAGAACACAAAGGUGAACUCCAGAAGGAAGAGCUAAACAGAACAGAAAAUAAAAAUCUGGUAAAUAGCACAAAAGAAACUCUCUGGAACCACAGAGGCAAUGAUUUUCAAGAGGAUGGCCUCCUGAACUGCGUUGCAAAGCUUGAUGUUGCAGUCAAUGGUGGCAACUCCUGCCCUGGAGUGCAUCCCACGCUCAAUCCCAACACAAACCCAGUGAAAGAAACGAGUGAACAGGGAACAUGCAGCCAGUUAGAGUCUUCUUCAGCCAGCACGAGAGACUUUUACAGCACAUCAGAUGGGUCUGGCCAAGGACUUGACCCAGAGGCAGGCGGGCAGAGGAAGGCAGCCUGCAGUGAGCCAAACAGUAUUCAAGACGGGAACUCCCGGUCUGCAGAAGAUAGCAUCUUUCUCAAAGGAAGUGCAAUACUGGAGACACAAGACAAUGCCAUACAACUGCCAGAUAUUGAUUAUCCCCAAAAUGGCAAUGAAACCAGGAACUAUGUUGAAAAAGGUAGCUUUUCAGUCAAUUGUGCACAUUCAGACCAAAACAUUGGCCCUUCAGCAAUACAGGAUCUGGACCUCUGUGUAACCCCACCUUUGCCUAUAAAGGAAAGCAGUAUUGAACCUUUCAAAACUGACUCCACAAGUUUGAGUGAGGGCACCCCUGACAGCAUCACUGCCGUGGCUGUUACCAAAGUAGCACAGGAACCCACAUAUCCCAACCACAAAGACAUCAAUGGAGAAAUUGAGGAGGAAGAUGCGGAAGUAGCAGCAGCUCUGGCUGCACUGGAAGCUGCAACUGCAGGGGAAGACCUGGAAGAUGACGACAAGUACUAG